AUGACCGAUGUGAACCCAGUUCGCUCCGACAACUGCAGGCAGUACAACAACGUGCCGCCACAGAUUGACCUGCCCGCGAUGGACCACGAGAUCAUUGAUCUGUGGGCUCGUCAGCACACUUUUGACAAGUCCUUGGAGGCCACCAAGGACGGCCAACCGUGGACCUUCUUUGAGGGCCCGCCGACCGCUAACGGCCAGCCAGGUACUCACCAUGUUGAGGCCCGGGUGUUCAAAGACAUCUUCCCGCGUUUCAAGACGAUGCAGGGGUUCCGCGUCGACCGCAAGGCAGGCUGGGACUGUCACGGUCUACCCGUCGAACUGGCCGUUGAAAAGGAGCUCGGGUUCUCCGGUAAGCCUGACAUCGAGAAGUACGGCGUUGAACCGUUCAAUGCCAAAUGCCGCGAGUCCGUUACCCGCCACGUCGAUGCCUUUAGCGAACUCACCGAGCGAAUGGGCUACUGGGUCAAUAUGGAUGAGGCGUAUUGGACGAUGAGCCCGUCCUACGUCGAGUCGGUGUGGUGGGGUCUUAAGCGAAUCUGGGAUAAAGGUCUGCUCGGCGAGGACCACCGCGUGGCCCCGUACUGCCCGCGCUGUGGCACCACCCUGUCCGACCAUGAGCUGGCUCAGGGCUACCAGGAUGACCGCGACCCGUCGAUCUAUGUGCGAUUCCCGGUGACGUCGGGCCCGCUGGCUGGACGCGCCAAGCUGCUGGUGUGGACGACCACCCCCUGGACCCUCGUAUCGAACACUGCUGUGGCCGUCCACCCCGAGGUGCGAUACGUCGUCGCCCACCGGGAUCCGGUUCCGGAGGGAUCCGAUGCCGUCGCUACUGCUUCCGCAGAGGAUCCGGCCUCCCAGGACCUCAUCAUCGCUGAGCCACUGUUCGAAAAAGUGCUGGGUGAGGGGUGGAGCCUUACCGGCGAGUCCUUCUUGGGCUCGCAGAUGGAAUUGUGGACCUACGAGCGCCCCUACAAUUUCCUGGAGUGGCCGAAGACUGAGCGGGUGACGGUUGAUGGACGUCCCACCCCUGCUGACGCAAACUUCGUCGUUCUAGCCGACUACGUCACCGUCGAAGAUGGCACCGGGCUGGUGCAUCAGGCCCCAGCCUUUGGCGCCGACGAUCUACAGACCUGCCGUCGCUACGGGUUGCCGCUGGUCAACCCGAUUCGCCCCGACGGUACCUUCGAGGAAUCCGUGCCGCUGGUGGGCGGGCAGUUCUUCAAGACCGCCGACAAGCCGUUAUGCGAAGAUCUCGACAGGCGCGGAGUUCUAUUCCGCUUGGAGAUGCACUGGCACUCCUACCCGCACUGCUGGCGCUGUGAUACCCACUUGAUUUAUUACGCCCAGCCCUCGUGGUAUAUCCGCACGACGAAGGUUAAGGAACAACUGCUGGCCCAGAACGAGGUCACCACGUGGUAUCCCGAGACGAUCAAGCAUGGCCGUUUUGGUGAUUGGCUGGAGAACAACAUCGACUGGGCUGUCAGCCGGUCGCGCUACUGGGGUACUCCGUUGCCGUUGUGGCGCAACGACGACGAUCGCUCCGACGUCAUCUGUGUGGAGUCGCUGGCCGAGUUAUCCCAGUACGUCGGGCGUGACCUCACCGGGAUGGAUCCGCAUCGCCCGUUUAUUGACGAGGUGACCUUCACCCGAGACGGCCAUACCUAUCACCGGGUGCCCGAGGUGGCUGACGCCUGGCUCGAUUCGGGCUCGAUGCCCUUCGCCCAGUGGGGAUACCCGCAUGUGCCCGGUUCGAAGGAGAAGUUCGAGUCCCACUACCCGGGUGACUUCAUCUGUGAGGCCAUCGACCAGACCCGCGGGUGGUUUUACACCAUGAUGGCCGUCGGAACCCUGGUGUUUGACGAGUCCUCGUACCGCAAUGUGCUGUGUCUGGGCCACAUCUUGGCCGAGGACGGUCGCAAGAUGAGCAAGCACCUUGGCAACAUCCUGUUGCCUAUCCCGCUCAUGGAUUCUCAUGGUGCCGACGCGCUGCGUUGGUUCAUGGCGGCCGACGGCUCCCCAUGGAGUGCACGACGCGUCGGUGACGAGACCAUCCAGGAGACGGUCCGCAAGGUUCUGUUGACGUACUGGAAUACCGCGCUGAACAACUUCGACACCCAGCGCGUCGGCAACCUUAUUGCUCAGUUCGUCGACGAGCUGUCUAACUGGUACGUGCGCCGGUCCCGCCGUCGCUUCUGGGACGGCGAUGAGGGUGCCCUGUGGACGUUGCACGAGACCCUCGAAACCCUCACUAAGUUGAUGGCACCGAUGGUUCCGUUUAUCACCGAGCGGGUCUGGCAGGACCUCUUCGUGACGACAAAUCCGCACGGCCCGGAGUCGGUCCAUUUGGCAAGUUGGCCGGUGGCCGACGACUCGCUCAUCGACGAGUCCCUGUCCGAAUCGAUGGAUCUGGCCCGACGCAUCGUCGAGCUGGGGCGCGGUGCCCGUGCAGAGGCCAAGGCCAAGAUCCGUCAGCCUUUGUCUCGCGCCCUCAUUUCUGGUGCCGCCUUGGCUAAACUGGACGAGGAUUUGCAGGCUGAGAUCCGGUCUGAGCUGAACGUCAUGGCCCUGGAUUCCUUUACUGCGGCUGGGGACCUCGUUGAUCAUUGCGCGAAGGGCAACUUCCGGGCCCUAGGCAAGAAGGGGUCCGUCGAGAUGGAUGUACCAGAGGUCGAGGGAGGUAAGGCCGUCGUGACCGCUGACGAUGUGAUCGUCUCCGAGCGUCCUCGGGAAGGCUGGAGCGUCGUCAACGAGCAGGGUGAGACGGUGGCUCUCGAUUUGGAGAUUACCCCCGAGUUGGCUCGCGCUGGGCAAGCCCGUGAGGUCAUCCGAUUCGUCCAGGACAGCCGCAAGAAGGCUGGACUCGACGUUUCCGACCGCAUCACCUUGGCGUGGUCUGCUAGUGCAGAUCUGGCUACAGCUAUCGAGGAGCAUGCUGAGCAGAUUAGUCAGGAGGUGCUGGCGGUCCAGAUGUCGCGUGAGCCCCGCGCCGACGACUGGGCCGUCGAGCCGGACCUAGGACUGGCGGUCAAGGUCGUCAAGGUCUGA